AUUUCACUCCCCGCCAUUUCCUUAUUUGUGGUCUUCUUUUUUUAUUGAUUUCUUCUUUGUUCUGCGGUUCAUCAUAUCGAUACCUAUCAUAUAUUUUUAUUAUUAGCCCAUCAUGGCUCCUUAUUACGCAGUAAAACCCGAUAAUGCUCUUAAAAGAGCUGAUGAACUUAUCGCUUUGGGUCAAGAAGCCCCUGCAUUACAAGCUCUUAAUGAAGUCAUUCUUUCCAAACGAUCUCGAAGCACUCCUCUUGCUGUUAUGGAACCAAUGAUGCUAAAAUACGUCGAACUUUGUGUUAAUUUACGCCAAGGCAAAACCGUCAAAGAAGGUCUUCAUCAAUAUCGUAACCUUGCUCAAAACACCAGUGUCAAUUCGAUUGAAAUCGUUAUCACCAAACUUCUUGAACUCUCUGAACAAAAGGUAGCUGAAGCUCGUGCCAAGGCUGAUCAAAUUGCUGUUGAUGUAGAUGACUUGGAAGCCUCUGAAACUCCUGAAUCUAUUAUGCUUAGUACUGUGAGUGGUGAACAAAACAAGGACCGUACUGAUCGUGCUGUUGUCACUCCUUGGUUGAAAUUUUUAUGGGAAGUCUAUCGCACUGUAUUGGAUAUCUUACGUAACAAUGCUCGUUUAGAAACUCUUUAUCACCAAGUCACCAACAAAGCCUUAUCUUUCUGUUUGACUUAUGCUCGUAAGACUGAAUUCCGUCGUUUAUGUGAAAUUUUACGCAAUCACUUCCAAAACGUUUCGAAAUACUCUCACCAACCUCAUUCCAUCAACUUGAACGAUCCCGACACUUUACAACAAUACCUUGAUGUCAGAUUCAACCAACUCAAUGCUGCUGCAGAAUUGGAAUUAUGGCAAGAAGCUUUCAAAUCUGUCGAAGAUAUUUACACCUUGUUGACUUCCUCCAAACGUCCUCCUCAACCCGAAAUGCUUGCCAACUAUUACAACAAACUUACUCAAAUAUUUAUGGUUAGCGAAGAUUUCCUUUUCCAUUCUGCUGCUUGGAACAAAUACUCUGGUAUCGAACGUGUGAUUAAUAAGUCUAUGUCUGAAGAAGAUCAAUCUCGUAUGGCUUCCAUCGUACUCUUGUCAGCCCUUGCCAUUCCCAUCAUUACCACCACCAAAACUAGACCUGGAUAUUUGGAAGCUGAUGAUCAUCGUAUUCAAAAACAUAACCGACUAUCUAUGUUGAUGGGUCUUGCUCAACAUCCUACUCGUACUGGAUUAUUGAAGGAAGCUUUGAACAAGAAUAUUCUCUCUCGUGUGCGUCCUGAAAUCCGCGAUCUUUACAACAUUCUUGAAGUUCAAUUCCAUCCUCUUUCUAUUUGCAAGAAGAUUAACCCUAUUAUGACCAAGUUAUCUGAAGAUGCUGAUAUGGCCAAAUAUGUUCGACCUCUUCAUCAAGUUAUUUUGACCCGUUUACUUCAACAAUUGUCUCAAGUCUACACAACUGUCAAGUUAGACUUUGUUUUGGAAUUGGCUUCCUUCCCUGCUCCUUACAACUAUGAUGCUGCUACUAUUGAAAAAUUCAUCAUGAAUGGAUGCAAGCGUGGUGAAUUGAAUAUCCGUAUUGAUCAUUGUUCUCAAAGCUUGACUUUCGAAACCGAUCUCUUUGCUGCUCCUAAGGGUACUGUUGCUGAAGGUUCUCAACUUCAAUCAUCUCCAUCUGAUCUUAUGCGUACACAAUUAUCUCGACUUGGUGUCAAUCUUAAUGCUGCUCUUCAAAUGAUUGAUCCCUCCAUCAAGGAAGCUGCAAAGGAAAGUAAGGCUGCUGCUGUACAACAAGCUUUGGCUGGUAUGAAGAAGGAACACAAGGAUGCUUUGGAACGUAAGAACACUAUCGAACGUCGCAAGGAAAUUAUCGAAACAGAAUUAGCUCGUUUGGAAAAGGUGGCUGCUGAAGAAAAGGCUGCUGCUGCCGCCAAGAAGGCUGAAGCUGAAAAGAAACGUAUGGAAGAAGAAUUACGUCGCCGAGAAGAAGAACGUCUCAAGCGUGUUCAAGAAGAAAUUCAACGUGAUCAAGCUAAACGUAUUGCUGAAGAAAUCUCUGCCAAGACCGGUUUACAACUCAAGCCUGAAGAAGUGGAAAAUUCAGAUGUCAAGACAUUACUGGAUAUCAAGGUCAAUCGAUUACAAACAGAACAAAAGGAAAUGUCAGAUCGUCUCAAACAAAUCGCCAAACGCUUGGAUCAUACUGAACGUGCUUUCCGUAAAGAAGAAAUCCCUCUUUUGGACAAAGAUUAUGAACGUCAACAAAAGCAAGACAAAGCCUUUUACGAAGCUGCUCGCAAGAUGGAACUGGCUACUGCCAAGGAAACACACGAACACAACAUGCAAGUCAAGUCUCGAUUGGCUCGUAUGUACGACGACUUUUCAUCUUAUCGCAACAAAUUAGAUGCCCUUCAUCAACAAGCUACCGAUGCUAAACGACGUGCAGCUGAAGAAGCCAUUGAAAAAGAAAAACAAGAACGUAUUGCUUUAUGGCGGGCCAAACGUGAAGAAUUAUUGGAACAACGUCGAUUGGAAGAAGAAGCACGUCGUGCUCAAGAAGAACAAGAACGUCAAGCCAAGGAAGAACAAGAACGAAAAGCUGCUCAACGAGCUGCUGAACUUGCCAAAUGGAAACAACAAGAUGAGGAAGAAAAGAAGAAAUUGGAUGAAAUGGCUCGUAAACAACGUGAACGUGAAGCUGAAAUUGAACAACGUCUUCAAGCUCGUCAAUCUACUCCUUCUCCUGCUGAACCUAAACGUGGUGCUUAUGUGCCUCCUGCUUUACGUGCUAGACAAGGUGAAGCUCCUCCCUCUCCUUCAUCAGGCCGUGCUCCUGGUGGAUUUGGUCGAAGUGCUGGUGCCUAUGUUCCUCCUGCUUUACGUGCACGACAAGGUGGUGAUGCGGCCCGUGAUAGUGAUCGUAGGGAUGAUCGUAGGGAUGAUCGUCGUCGCGGUGGAUUUGGUGGUGAUCGUGAUAGGGAUCUUGGCUCUUGGAGAAGAAAUUAAGAAAAGAAUUGUUAUCUUUGACUUUUGGAUGAAACAAGUAUUUUUGUUUUAGAUAAACCUUCCCCUUUCAUCUUUUUUUUUUUUUUCGUCCAUCCUUUAUAUCUUUUACAUGUAUAGUCUUUUUUUUUCUUUCAUCUGCUUCCUUUCUACCAACUUUUUUUUUUUUUGUCAUUCUCACUACUUAUUAUCUCUAUACGUUU